CGAGACUGACUAACAAGAGAGUCUGCAUGUAAUCCGUAAUUGUGUCGUUUUUCGCACAAAUUUGAACAAAUAUUUUAUACAUUUGUAGAUAUAUCUCCCGGUAAGGUGUGAGAUUGCGAGUUGAAGGAAAUCGUAAACAGCCAUAAUCGAAACCACAAGAGCAAGAUCUUUUUAAAUCCAAACUUCAAUAAAGGAUAAUCAAAAUGGCGAGAAGAAGACAGGAAUCGACAGAAGGAUUGGGAGAGUCUCGCAUCAGAGAGCUGGAAGUCGAAAAUGAGAAGUUAAAACAUGUGUUGCAGGAAACGUUAUGGGGCGUUAAAAGUUAUUUGCAAGAAAGAAAUAGUAUGAAAGAACGUGUGAAAAAACUGGAAGAAGAAAUUAAUGGACGGAAAAGUCAAAUUAAGAAGUUGCAACAAACUUUAAGUGGAGCUUUUGAGACUAUAAGGGGUCUUUACACGGAGAUAGAGUCUCUUCAGGGGGAGGUAGACAUUCUACAGGAGCGGAUAAAGAUGCAAGAAAUAGUAUUUGAAAUGCAACUCAAGACAGGAGAACUUUGUAAUUACAGUUGUGUAAUGGACACACUAUACUGGAUUUGUAGAGAAAAACUGCCCUCGUUAACAGUCAAAUGUGCAUGUGGUUCAAACAAUUGUCGUCGGAAAUUAGAAAAAAUUCUAACUUACAAUGCGCACGGAAGAAUUGAUAAAGGCGAUUUGGACUGUCAUUUAUUACUGGAAAUCCUCAAAAAGAGCAACAUAAUUCAACCACUAGAAGAAGUGUUUGAUUUCCCCAAGGAUAUGGCAGCCAAAGAUCGUGAUGAAGUUAUUCACCGCGCGUGGCAGAAAAUCGUAGAAGAAAAGAAAAACAACACGCGUGUGUUGAUUCUUGCAAGGACGUGGGCCAGUGGGGCUGUUGGUCAUGUCGUAAUGUGUGACUUGGAGAAAAGGCCUGAGGAUGAAAGCAAAGUUGAUGUAUAUGAUCCGCAGAAGGCUAAGGUACGUACAGAGGAAGAAAAAGAGUUCAAAGAGAGUGUCAUUGGUGACAUACAGCUUCAGUUGUACACCGUCAAUUUCAGAGAGUUUAAAAAAGUAAUAAAGACAUAUUACCCCGAUGCGACUGAUGACACUCAGAAUUUCGAUAAUGCCAUGAAGGACUUGGAUUUAAACAAGGACUGAUUUCGCUUAUACUUAUAAUGUUAAACUGCUUUCAUUUAUGCACAUAAUCGAAACACAAAAUAACUGGGAUGUAAUAUAAUCCAAGCACUAGAGAGGGAACUUACAUUUUUAAUAUUUGCUAUUUGAUAAUACUGUAAUACCUUGAUUGUAAUAACACUGACGUAGCUACAGUUGUGGCCAUUUUUAUGAAUGAAUAAAAAAC